AAUGCUUGAAGCAGAACUUGCCAUGCUGCGACAAACUGCUUCGAAUACCGUGACUGGAAACAGUGAUAAGGCUGUUGCAUAUCAGGCGCAAAUCAAGGCACUUGAAGAGGAAGUGGAUCAUUUUAAAACACUCAGCUCAACAUUGCAAUCUGAAAAUCAGCGACUUGUUUCUAGUUUGUCAGCUGCUAAAAAAAAGUGGCCACCGGCUAUGCACCAUUUUGAAGCACUUUCAUCUCGUAUUCGAGAGUUGGAAGAGUCUGCUCGACGACGAGAGACUGAAAUCGCCAAACUUUUGGUUCAACAUCGUGGAGAUUUAGAAUCCAAGAUUCAAAUGGAGCAUCGCCGGUAUCAAGAUAUGGUGCAUCACAAGGACUCUGAGAUUCAAGGAUUUCGUAAGGAGUUGGACAAGGUGUUGCAGGGUAUAAAGCUACUGCGAAAGCAGAAUGCCUUGAAUCAAUAGUCUUCAUUACCAAUAGGGACUACCAAACCAUGAGCAUUUAAGAAAUGUCAGAGCGAUCUCCAGCUGGACAACUUCCGCGUCCAACAGACGUAAUCUUGGACGAUGAUUUGGUUGACCACGUCAAGCCUGGUGAUCGUGUUCGUUUGGUUGGAACCUAUCAAUCUAUUGGAAAACAUGCGGCGUCUGUAUCUGCCACAUUCAAGUCUAUGAUUCUUGCCAACCACAUCACCUUUCUUGAAAAGAAACAGUUACCAGCUAAAGCGGGUGUACUCACUCGGAUACCAUUAAUAUACGAGAUAUACAUUAUUUGAAUCUAUUUUGCUAUGGUCAUGUUAUAAUCAAUAUAAUGUUG